AUGGCUUCGACGGGGAGUGAGUCGGUCUCCAAAUUCUUUUUAGAGAUCCCCAAAGUCCAUACGAACAACCCUGCGCAUCAGGAGGAGAUAUCCACCUGGAGGGCUCCAGACAAAGGAAGAUUCAAAGCAAAUUGUGACGUAGCUAUUCCUCCAGUCGUUAAGGAAGGCAAGACUGCUGUGGUUCUAAGGGAUUGGAAAGGCCGAAGGUUCUGGACGGAUUUGCAAGGACUGUUAAUAAAAUUCCAAAAGACGAUGCACCACAAGCAAAAGAAAAUGUCCAUGGAGACCUUAAUCACCCACAUUCGCGUGAAGGAAGAAACUAGAGGUCAAGAUGCACUAUUGACAUACAAAGGUAUUGGGCAUUAUAGAAAGAGAGCAAGGGUGCCGUUUUGGAGGAGCUCACAUUUCCAGCGCACUGUAUCAAGUCUCUUGCCACUGAAAUCAGAUCAAAGCGAGCAUAGGUGCCCCUUUUUGAAGGAGCUCAAUUUUCAGCACCCAAAAUUGACUCUUUCAACUGGACCUGCAUUGACUCUGCAGAAGGGUUGUAAGAGACGAGGUAAAGGUCCUUAUAUAGGUGUCCGGUUGAGGGGGGGAAGAUGGGUCUCUGAAAUACGCAUUCCAAAGACCAAGACAAGGAUAUGGUUGGGUUCUCAUCGCUCACCGGAGAAGGCAGCUAGGGCAUAUGAUGCAGCCUUGUAUUGUUUAAAAGGCGAACAAGCAUCUUUCAAUUUUCCCAACAAUAGAAGGCCGAACUUGGCCCAUCGGUUGGUUGGUUCCUUGCACAUUGAUGAAAUACAAUGUAUCGCUGCAGGGUUUUCUUGUUUGGAUGAGCCAUCAAUGGAAAUAUCAAAGCCUUCUCCACAGGUAACACACCUUUUGCUUGAUCCACCAGUUUUACCAGAUCCACAGAGAAUGAAUGAAAGGGAUUCAAACAUGGUUGAUGAUGAACCACAUGUCCCAGCUUAUGUGCUUGAGGAGGAGCCGUAUAUCCCAACCUAUGUGCCAGAGGAGGAACCAUAUGUCCCAGCUUAUGUGACAGAAGCGGAUCUCAUGUCACAUGGAAACUUACAGUUGGAUGAGUGGCUUGCGCAAGAUGGAGAGUGGAUGGGGAGCUUUCGUUGACUACAUUAUGGGGAACUUUCAUUGACUACAUAUCUUUAAUAGAGACUUUCACAGAUGCUUUUAGGAAAUGCAAAUACAUAUGUAGGGUCAUGCUCAAUGAAAGUUUUGCCCCAUCAAGAAUAAGCUUAUUUAAUCUUGUGAAGGAAAGUAACUCUGUGUCUAAUUUCUUAAUAAUUCUUGUGUUUUAAAUCUCUAGGAACUUAUGGGGUUGAAACAUUUUUUGAAAAAGAUAAUCUCCUGAUCUAUUUAGGGUAAACUCAUUCAAUGCAUAUGGGAGGUUUAUAGACUUCGUUGGAAGUGAUUAUUUGAACAUUGUGAGGAAUGGGUUACUUUUCGUUCGAUGUUUAAUUUGCUUACCUUUAACUUUUGGGACUCAAAAAAGGUCAGUGAAAAUAGGAGUAACUGUCUUCUCUGCUCUUGCAUUUAAGUGAGAUGACGGUGAAGCAUAAUGCGAUCGACUACAUCCCGAGAAGAAAGAAGUAAUAGAGAUUGUCAUAGAUAUUUAUUUAAAGUCAAGUGAUGUUAUCUCGGGGUAGUAAAUUCUAGUUGGACAAAUCUAUUUCAGAUUUCCCUCCCUUUGUUAUUAUGCUUCUAUUGGUGGUUGCAUUUCCUUUUAAAUUCGGGUCCUUCUAUGUGUAAGUGUUCCUUCUCACUCUUAUGUUAAGCUUCCUCUAUUUUCCAAUUUGGCUAUGUAUGACAGGCCUUAUAGGGCGAAUAAGGAGUCUAGGGAGCUCGGGACAUAUGUUUUUGUUUUUAUAGGUAAUAAAAUUAUAUUGAAAAGGCAUCAAGGGGAUGUCACCCAUAGUUAACACUUGUUCUUCCUUGAUCACACACUUAUCUUUAUCAAGGCUUACAACAAGUUGAUAAUAUCAAGUGACGCUUAACUCUUGCCAACACUUUGAGGAAUUCAGCCAUGGAGUCAUUUAAUUGUUCUGUAGCUAAUAACUCUUAUUUAUUCGAUAGAUUAGUGUACCCACAUCACGCACCAGGGCACGCCACGCAUAGACAACCAUGAUAUUCAUAGAUCUAUAUUUUUAUGAUAUCACUCCGUGCCAGAGCAAUUGAGUCUCUAGAAUGGCAUCACAUGCAUUACUCCACGUUGGCAUCCAAGGUAUUUAUACCCAACACUUGGAUGAACGGAAUUUUUCUUAUUGAAAAAAUAUUGACAAAAUGUGCUUCAAAUAUUCCUACCUUUUCCUGAACUUUGUCUAGGAAAGUAACAAGCAUUUAAUAUUACCUUGAAUUUAAGGAAAUAAGGACACAGAAGGCAUUUAGAAUUUAUAGAAGGUUGUUGAAAAUUUGGUAAAGGAAUUGAUGUUGGUUGAUUCUCCCUUGAUUUGAUGAAACAUUUGGUUUUCCCUUGAUUGAGUAUCAAUCUGAUGAAAGGGCUGGAGCUGCAUUUUUACCAAACUUUUCCUGCUUGUAAUGACUGUCGGAACAAACUAGGUGAACAUUAUUUACAGGAGAAAAUGAUUACAUUCAAGAUGUAAAUAUAACAGCAUGUGUUGGUUGCAUGGUAAUGUUAGUAAAGAGGAGGAUUUUGAAUCAUAUGAAUCAUGAUACCCUUGGUUAAUUUAGGAUCCUUUUAAUUUAUCUGAUUCAUGAUAACUUGACCUGCAGCAUUGUGGGUCUCCUUUAUUUGAUGAUUUACUUUGCUUUUUGCAAGUUACUUCUUACAAAACCAUAGUUUUCGGCAGUAUCUUGAAAAUCAAUUGAAUACGGUGCAAAUUCAUGCUUUUCUGAUGUGGGAAGCUCAUCUGAAGGUACUUGAUGUCGACUUCUGUGUUGAAUAGAUUUGCCCAACAAACACUGCGUCGUUGUCACAGUCCCCUUUGCACAUCUAAAAUGACAUGGAAUAUAUAUUUUUACACAAAAUGAUGCUCAGAAACUAGAUGCUCUAAUGAUUUUUUUCAUUUGUCAAUAAUGUGCUCUAAACUCAUUGGUGCUUUUUUAGUUUUCAACUUUACUAGGCCUCUAAGAUGUUUUAUGCAAUCGUUCGUAGGUCAAUUCAAGUGGACAAAUUUGUGAUGUUGCAGAGACGGUUGGACCUGUAGAUUUUGAAAAUGAUGCGGAGGCAGCUGGAUAGGUGGAGCGAGCAAUCCAUGUCCAGUGGCAUAUAAUCAAAGAUGUCCCAAAUAGUUGGUCCUGCCACAUACUUCUUGAAAAUAAUGACAAGAAGCCUUUUACUCGCAGCCGAGAGGACUCUCAAGAGUUAAGGCAAGGCUUCAGAAUUUUUCUUCAUUGCAAACUGUUUUUUGUUGUUUGCUUUUUUUAAAUCUCAUGUUCUUGGUUGUAGAAAUAUAAUUAUCAAUGAGAUCUUCGGGUGCUAUUUUGUUUCCUAAAGCAAAGUCUCAGUCUCACUUUCCUAUUCCGCUCCACAUCCACCAUUUUGGGAUGCUUUUGCAUUAUCAUAAGCCACCACGGCAUUUAUGUCUACCUUGAAGUAUGUAAUUUUCAGGUCCGCCUGCAAUUAUUUUGACACUUUGGCCAUAGACGUCAUAGAUUCACUUAUUUUGUCCAAGUUACUGAAGAAUUCCUUUGGAUUUUGGAUUUUCAUGUGAUUCAGUUGCACCCACUUGACUGUCCCUACCGUUCUGGUAAAGCUUUUCCGAACAGGGUAUCGAGAUGUUGAAAAUUUUUAAUUGAGUCGUUUUAAGUUGCUGAAAAUGUCACGGAUUAUGUGUUUUAGUGUGAGAGAAUUGCACCCACUUGACUGUUUUCUCUACAUUCUGGAAAACCUUUUCCAGGUAAAACUAGAACAGGGAUUGAAGAUGUUGAAAAUAUUCAAUGAUCAUGACUCGGAGACCUCAGACAUCAAUCUUAGAUGACUUCUGCUUUUGUGAUGAAUGAGAGAGAGUAUUGCUGGAAAGGAAGGCCGGACACCUAACCAGUUCAGCUAAAAAUGCUGAUGCUUCGAUUAACCAACUUUCUGACAACUUGGCUGAAGCCCUCGACUUGGAAGAUGGUAAACAAGUGCUGAGAAACGAAUAAGACCAGUGGGGGCUGGGUCGUGCCUUCAAAUAGGUAUCACAGCUGUUACCAUUGAUGGAUCUAGGAAAGCAAUGUGUGUUGGUUUUUCAUUCCAGGCCUUUGAAGUUUCUGGACAUCCUGCUGCCAGCAAUUUUUUGAGGUGGUUUAGUUUGGACACUUUGGGCAUCUCCAAGAGUCUGGCUUAAACAAGGAGCCUCUCUCUCCCUCCCUCCCUCCCUCCCUCCCUCUCUCUCUCUAGACAAUUUUGUGGAACUGUUGGGUGGUAGUUCAGGCAUCUUGGUGAGCGACAGACUGCGGGAAGUUGACACUCCUAUCUUUUAAGUAAUUGUUUCUUCUGUUUGAUAAGGAUUACGAAGUUCUGGAAGUUUUGUUUCUUACUAUUAUUAUUAUUGUUUUCCUGUCAAUUGCCAGGUGUCUUCUUAUUUUCCUGUCAAUUGCAGGGUCCCUGGUUUUAGAACGAUGGGAUUAUACAAGUUUACCCAAUUUGGGAAAACGUAGUUACAUAUAUUCAGAAAGCAAUAUACCAUUGUCGUUUGAGAUUAA